AUGUUUUCCAAAAAUCAACAAUUGCCUCCUUUUUUCGAUGAAAAGACUGAUUAUCUUCGUCGUUGUAAUGUUCGUCGUCAACAAAAUGCCCAAGCUCCUUCUGCUGCUCCAAUCAAUUACAAUCAUCCUAAUGGUAAUCCUUCAAUUCCUCUUAUUACUACUACUACUACUACUACUACUACUACUACUACUACUAGGUUUAGGUUUCAUGGUUUGAUUUUACCCUUAAAAAAGAAAAUUCUAUUAAAUUAUCACAAUAAAAAUAAAAUAAAAUAA